AUGAGUUGUAACAAAGAAAAUAAAAGAAUAUGUAAAAAGAGCUGCGAUAAAAAUUAUGAUAAUGGAAGCCCCAAGUACAUGUGUACAAAAAAAAAUAGUUUAAAUAGUUUUAAAUCCGAAGAAUAUAAUAUAAAUGAAAAUAUAUCAUAUGAUGAUAUAAUAAGCAUAAAUUUAAAUAAAAAAAAUAAAACAAAAAGUUAUACUGAUAAUUUAUUAAUAGAAAAUAAUAAUAAAAAAAAAAAUUAUAAUACAAAAAAUAAUAUAAAUAUAAAAAAUAAUAUAAAUAUAAAAAAUAAGAUAAGUAAAAAUAUUAAUAAAACGAUUGAAGAGAAUAGCCACAUAUGUAAUAAUAGAGCUUAUACAGAUAGUUAUUAUAAUAUCAAAAAUAUGAGGAGUAAUAUGUAUUAUAGUAAAUAUAUGAACACAGAUAUAAAUAAUAAUUUGUACAAGGACAAAAUAUCUAGUGAUAUUUUUUAUAAGGACAAAAUAUUGAGUGAUAUAUAUAAGAAAGAAAAUAUGAAUUGUGAUAACCUUUAUAAUAACGAAAAAAAAACAAAAAAAAAAACAUUUUUGGUUAACCAAGCAGUUUUCUUUACUCCUAAAAAAAGUGUGCUUAAUUCAAGCAAUGAAAAAAAGGAUACUGAAUAUAAAAAGUCACAAAAUAUGAAUGAUGAUAAUAUAUCGAUCGAUAAUAUGAAUAAUCAUUCGUUAUACAACCAAACGUAUGAAACAAAUAGUCUUAAAAGUAUUAUUAAUAAUAAUAAUAAUAAUAAUAGUAAUAAUAAUAAUAGUAAUAAUUAUUUAAAUAAUAUUGAGGAGAAGAGAAAAAGAAAUGGAACUUUUGGUAUUCAAACAAUUUUAAAGAGGAAAGAAAAUUUAUUACUUGAUAAUAAAAAUAUUAAUAAUGUAAACAUAACUAAGGAUACGAAAGAGACAAGGAAUAAUAAUAUGAAUAAUGUAAAUAAUAUGAAUAGACGUGAACAUUUAAUGUGUGAAGAUAAAGGAGAAAUCGAAAUAUACACAAUUGUGGGAUCAGAUACAGAAAAGGAUAAUAAUAAUAAUAAAGAAAAAGAUAAUAAUAAUAAUAAUAAUAAUAAUAAAGAAAAAGAUAAUGAUAAUGAUAAAGAAAAUAUAGAUGUAGGUAUGAAACGAAAAGGUGGUAAGAGUUAUAAUAUUAAUAAAUAUAAUAAAAUGAUUAAUAUAAAAGACAAUAUGAAUCCAUAUCAUCAUAGUAGUCGUAGCGAACAUAAUUUUGACAUAUACAACGAAAAUAAGACAAUUAAUUUUUUGCAUGUUAAUAAUUUAAAUAAUCCUAAUAAUGAAGAGACUGAUAUAAACAGUAAUACAAAAAAACUGGAUUAUUUAAAUUUAUGUAAUUAUUCAACAGAAAAAAAAACAGAUAUGUUAAAUUUAAUUCAAGAACUUUUGAGUUAUUGUGAAUGUUUAAAAAGGAACAGAAAAAAAAGUAGUUAUGAAAUUCAAAAAAUCAGGGUAAGUUAUAACAAAGUGUCUGAUUUAUUGAAAGAAACAUUAAAAAGAGAACAGAAUAGUCAUAUAAAAAUUGAAGAAUUAAGAAAUAUAAUAAUUAAUUAUAAUGAAAAAUUUGAUAGAAUAAAAAAUAAUUCAGAAGGUACCAUUACGAAUUUAAGUAAAAAUGUGCAAACAUUAAUAGAAUUAAAUAAUAAUUUAGAAAAUGAAAUGAACAAAAUGAUUGAUGAAAAUGUACAUCUUCGAAAAAUUGCACAAAAUGAAUUAUUACUAAACAAAGAAAUAAAUGAUUUAAGAAAACAAUUAGAAAUUUUAAGUAAUGAAAACGUAUCGCUUAUUGAUCAAAUAGAUUUUUUAAGAUUAGAAAAUUCAAAAAUAGAAAAUGAAAAAAAUGUCCUUUUAAGUGAUAAAACGGUACUUAAUUGUAAAAUUGAUGUAUUAGAAAAUCAAAUAAAAAAUAAUAUGCACACACAUAAAAAAAACUUAUCUGAACAAAUAGAAAAUAGCCCCUUCUGUGUACAUACCGAUAAAGAAAUUAAUGAACACAUUAAUAAUUAUUUAAAUUUAAAUCAUGAUGAUAGGACAGAACUUUUCAAAAAUUUCUUGUAUCAAUGGAGAGAAACAAAUAAGGCUGGUCAAAAGUUUUAUGACCAAGCAUUUUGCAAUUGA